AUGAGUGCUCAGACCAGUGGAUUUCUGGGUAAUCCUGAGUCCGAGCUGUUUGAUUGGCUGAGCUGCUCGGUGAAGGUGAGGGGCGGUGCCUCAGAUCUUCUGGUCAUCAGGAAGAAAGGGGCGGAGUCUUCCUCCCAGCAGCAGCAGCAGAGUUUUGUGAGGAUGAGGAUGAUGAAGGCGGUCUCAGGUGUGUUCAGGACCCAGGUGUUCUCCUCCAGACAGACCUCGCUCUCCGACGCUCACCGCUUCUGUCAGGACGGCUGCAGCCGCGACGCCUGCUGCCACGGAUUCAUCCUCAACCAGAACAGCCUGAACGGAGGGUCUCUGCUCUGUGGUUGGCUGAGAGCUCCGUCAGUCUUGAUGUGCGGGGACCAGGACUGGGAUGUGAUUGGACAGGGAACAGCCAAUCGUAUCUGUGGGGCGGGGCUAACCUACAACGAACAGCAGAGGAGCUUCGUGUUCGACUUUGGAGGACAAAAGUUCACCAUCACUGAUUCGGCUCUGCCGGCUGACAGUAAGAACAAGAAGGACUACCAGGCCUCCAUCAUCAGCUUCCAGGCUGUCUACCUGAACACAGGUUUGUGUGAGGUAGCAGGAAGAGGACCCAAAUGGAUACAGGUUCAGGAACAGGUUCACGUACAGGCUCAGGAACAGGUCCAGGAACUGGUUCAGGAACUGGUCCAGGAACUGGUUCAGGAAUAG